CUACGUCAUUCCACUGAUCUACUUUGAACCUCUUGAGAUGGAAAACAUGUUUUUUAAUGAAGUUGAACUUGCUCUUUAUGACAAUGUUACAAUUAGGUGACACAAACCGUUUUUACAUUUUUUUUUUUUUAAACCAAAUUACCCAAAAUGCACUAUUGAUGGAAUGACCCUCUUAUCAACCACAAUGGACUUAAUAAUGUUGAAUCAUUUCACAGGUUAUUUCACAGGUCCAAUGGCAGCCAUGGUGAAGUCUGAGCCGCUUGAGAGCGAUAUUUAUCCAGAAAUGGAACACUGUCACUCAUUCUUCUUCAGUUGCCCAACUCAUAAAAUACCCGAAGAGGGAAUCACCUGCACCAAACCUGGAACAAUAUGGAGAGCUCUUGAAACUAAUGACACAUUCAAGGAGUUAAACCAAAUGGACAGGAAGACACUGAAAGGGAAAGAUAUUGUCAUUAAGAGUUGUAAGGGGUACAUAGUGAAGCACUUCCCAUGUUGGCUGAUCAAAGAGGAUGACCGUCUCACUAUUGAGAUGGUCACACAUGCCACAGAUGAACCUGCAGGGGUCACGGAUCAGGAAACAGACAAUUAUGUCACUUUCUCUGUUGAGACAACGGGAGGGAAAAACAGCAAAUCAAAACAAAUACUUGGAAACAAACAACUGGAGUCCUACGGACCUCUAUGUGUCUAUGCCAAACAGAAGGAGGAAGUGAAGAAGGCUCUACGAAAUGAUGGACGCUUCUCAAACAUUGUGUUUGAACAGAAAUGCCAGCUCUCUGAGCGAUCAACAGGAAGCAAGGUUUCAAUGGGGCAAAUUGCAAAAAAACUUAAUGGUAGAAACUUUGAAAUGUGUCUGACAAAACAUAAGGAGAAAAUGGCAAUUAAGAUGGAAACAUCCGACUCCACAAUAAAAACUAAAAACAUUAUAACCACGCAAACAUCUCUGUUCAACCCAAGCCCUGACUCUGAAGGAGACGGCACACAGAUGCCUCCAUCGACGCUAACAACUGAAAGAUCAGAUGUAGGGGAGUCCUCUUCGAGAAGAAAGCAGAAACGAAAAUGCAUUCCCGUGCCAAAACAUGGUGAAAUAUUGACGAUCCUUCGCAACCAGUUUGAUGAUCUGGUGAAGCAGAUGGAAAGUAGGAGGGAGGACAGCCAACAGAAGACAUUUCCUGAAGAGUUGGAUCUCAUGAAGCAGGAAUUCGGGAAAAUCAGACAAAAGUUCUCUGAGGUUCACAGAGUGAAGAAAUUGAUUGAACUUGGUGCCUCCGUUUGUCAGGUGAUUGUUGAAGGUGUUCAGGGUGUUCAGGGGACAGGCUUCGUGCUGUUCGACAACUACAUCCUAACAAAUGCACAUUUGUUUGGUGAAAAUGUAAGAGAAAACAUACAGUUGUUAGUCAAUGUAUCUGUGAAAGUUCAACUAUGAAAAUCCAAAUGGAGCCGAUGUGAACGUAUUCAGAGCAAAACCCCUGCUGAUCGACAUUCAAUAUGGACAUCAGGGAAAACAUUAUUUCGACUAUGCCAUACUGGAGAUGGAUCCUCAGAAUAAGAAGCAACAGAAAAAGGUUCCUCCUGGUCUCCUCCGUGAAUAUGGCCCAGUCCCAGCAUGCGGUGGGGCCUGCCUCAUUGGACACCCAGGUGGACUGGUGAAACAAAUGGAGCCCACCUCCAUCAUUGGCAGUGAGAUAAGAGAGGAGGCUGCGAAUAAAUAUAAACGGGAAAAGGGACAUGCAAUCUUCACAAUAAACGAUGCCCUUGAAAAACAGAAAAAGCAUUACGAGGAAGUGAUGCAGGAGAACAAGGACGACUUUGUGACCUACAACACCUCCUUCUUCCAUGGAUCUUCUGGCUCGCCAGUCUUCGAUGACCUUGGUCGAGUGUUUGGCAUACAUACUGGUGGCUUUGUAUAUGAGGAUAAGCGCACUCAGAGCAGACAGAGUGUGUUAGAGUACGCCCUCCCUCUGCUCACCAUAUUACGGAACUUUGUCAUCCGUUUGGAGGAGGACAACAAUCAGGCAGUUUUGAAAAGAGUUAAGGAAGAGGCACAGAAAAACCUCUUCCUGUUUGAUGCCCUUUUCAAGACUAAUGGUGAUGAGCCUAUGGAUAUGUCGUAGGAGAUUGUUGCAAAUACAGCUAAUUCAAUGCCACCCAGUGGUUGUCCUGGGAACAACACAACAAUGCCACCCAGUGGUUGUCCUGGGAACAACACAACAAUGCCACCCAGUGGUUGUCCUGGGAACAACACAACAAUGCCACCCAGUGGUUGUCCUGGGAACAACACAACAAUGCCACCCAGUGGUUGUCCUGGGAACAACACAACAAUGCCACCCAGUGGUUGUCCUGGGAACAACACAACAAUGCCACCCAGUGGUUGUCCUGGGAACAACACAACAAUGCCACCCAGUGGUUGUCCUGGGAACAACACAACAAUGCCACCCAGUGGUUGUCCUGG